AUGAAUCGAUGUGCUCCAAUGGAGCUGUUCUGGAGACGAUUCAACAAACUUAUGCUGGACAAAUUGGCGCUAUCGAAAGAGCACGACAUGUUGCACCAGGAAAACGGUCAGCUGCGCUAUUUUCUUAAGCAGUACUUGGACGGCAUCUCCGUAAAUGAGGAACAUCUCGCAGAGUCGCUUCCAUCCUCGAGUCAGGUCCCUCGGACCUGUUGCCGGAGUCGAGGAGGUGAAGAUGAUCAGCGAAUGAUAGUUUUACAAAGCAUGGAUCAAGUGAAGCCGGUGAUGGAGAAUCGGCGCAAGAGGGCACGUCAACGACGCACCAUAGCAACUCUCAGUUGCUGGCCCAUGUUUACCGACAGAGUUAUGCUGUACCUGAAGUGUAGGCUUGCGUGGACAGCGACAAAAGACAAUCGCUCAUUGCCUUCUCUUGUAUUCUACUUGAUGUCCGUCCAUUUGGCUGGUUCGGCUUCACGUCCACCCACCGGACACUUCAGUUGCCCCGUUUUAAACGGCGGAUGCCGAGAUGGGCUCCAGACGAAUUGGGGUGCAUUGGCACAUCGUGAUCCUGACCACCUGAGCCUGAUUUGUGAUGUGUAUGGUACAAAUAGGUCAGUAUUGGCUACUUCACGAGUUUUUGGUAGACGCAAAAAAGGGUCAGUCAUAAAUCAAGCAUCUGAGGUUGGAGGUGAUGGGGCAACAGCGCAUGUGACAAAGAUGCUGAGCCAAAACUUUUCCGACCUUAUUGUCAUCGAGACACGAAAUGAGGACUUUCAACUUGGUAACUGA